AGGCUUGGAACGCAGCUGGGAGGCUGACGUAAUCUCUCUGCAGUGCCAGGCUGUGCGGCGUGCUUGCUGACCCGGGGUAUCCAGCAGAUAUGCCCAUGUAUAAGGUGCAGUCCUACGGUGGGGAUAUCCAGGUAGACUUGCCCACCUGCAUGUACAGGGUGCCCAACCUACACCAGCCUCCCUCUGGGCACUAUGAUCAGGAAACCGACCCAGCACUUCAGGUCCUGGAGUCCAGACAAGAGGACAUCCUAAAGCGAUUGUACGAACUGAAAGCUGCUGUAGAUGGGCUCUCAAAAAUGAUCCAAACGCCAGAUGCGGACCUGGAUGUGACCGACAUGAUUCAGGCAGAUGAGCAGGCUGCACCAGCUUCCAACGUUACAAACCUGGACUCAAUACUUGGAAAAGAUUAUGGAGCUCUUCGGGAUAUUGUGAUCAACGCAAACCCCUCAACGCCUCCCCUUUCCCUGCUGAUCCUGCACACUAUGCUGUGUGAGCGCUAUAAGGUGCUCUCUGCAGUUCAUACGCACUCAUCUGUUACCCAUAUCCCAGAGCCGCUGCUAAAGUGCUUCGGAGAGCAGGUUAAUAUCAAGUCUAGGCAGGCGUACCAGCUGGGAUUUACACUUAUCUGGAAGAAAGUGUCCAAACCACAAAUGAAGUUCAGCAUUCAAAAUAUGUGUCCGAUUGAAGGAGAAGGCAAUAUCGCUAGAUUCCUCUUCUCGCUCUUAGGAUAUACCUUUAAUGCCGUCACUGCCACUCUGAUAGACAGCUGGGUGGAUAUGGCCAUUUUUCAGUUGGGAGAGGGAAGUAAUAAAGAAAAAGCUGCUGUUCUGAGAGCUAUGAACUCUGCUCUUGGUAAAUCUCCCUGGCUGGGUGGGAACGAACUGACCAUAGCGGAUAUUGUGAGUUGGUGCGCCAUUCAGCAAACAGGAAGUUCAAACGCCGUCCCAGCUAAUGUGCAGAAAUGGAUGAAGUCUUGUGAAAACCUCACAGCCUUUAACAUGGCUCUGAAAUUACUUAAUUGACGGUUACAUUGGAUUGAAGUUAGUUAACUGGAACUUAUGUUUUUAGCGGUCAUUAGGAAUUUGGAUGAAGCAACGCAGCUUUCAAGUGAAAGAAACGAAAUGUUUUUUUCAAGUUUAAUUCAGUUAUGGCCAUUUUGAGAACAUAAGCAGAUAUACAAUGUCAUUUCUAGGAUUUCAGGUACACAAGAAGGCUGUUUAUAUAGGGUAAUACCUGGCUGUAAUAUCAAAGUUAAAUAAAUAAAUAUUACAACUUG